ACAUUUUAUUUGAAUAUUGAAUUUCAAAUUGAAAGUGUAAACAGGGUAAGAUGGGUACUAGUAAGAUUUGCUGAAAAUAUUAAUCCACCUCCUGUGCUUGUAGAUGUUUGAUCCAUAAGGAUAAUUUCAAUUCAUGAAAUUCAAGAUAUAAAAAAAGAAUUGAAACAUUAAAAAUAUAUUAAGAAUGGACGACACGAGUCAGGAAGGAGAUGCUCCUGCUAAAACCUUGACAAAGGAUGGUACUGUUGAAGAGAAGAGACCUUCACUCUCAAAACUUGAAACUAGGAGAUCUUCUAUAAUGAAAGAAUCUGGAUCAAAAAAGAUGUCUAUUGUACAUGAUGCAGAAUCCUUAAAAUCUUUAAAGGACGUAGGAUCAAUAAAAUCAAAAUCUUCAAAGGACGUAGGAUCAACAAAAUCAAAAUCUUCGAAAGUUGGAGGAAAUGAGCUGAUCUUGGAUGAGGAGGUUGAAAUACAGUCACAGGCACUGGAGGUUUUGGAUGGAAAAGAAAGUGAGCUUGAUCAACCACUAAGUGUUUUGGAACCUGCACAGUUGUCUUCAGAAGAAGCUGAUAGAGAUUUUGAGGAAGUAGAGGAGGAGUAUGAAGAAGAAAUAGAAGAAGACGGGGAGCUGAAAACUGUUACCAAAAGGAGAACUGUAAAAGUACCCAGGUAUGAAGAGAAUAAAACAAAAGUUAAUAUAGAGGAAGAAGAGGUAGAGGAGGAAUAUGAAGAAGAAAUUGAGGAAGAUGGGGAAGUGAGAACUGUCACGAAAAAAAGAAUCAUCAAUGUUCCCAAGCAUGCAGAAACACUUGAACAAACAUUAGAAGAAGAUGAGUUUGAAGAGUAUGAAGAGGAGAUAGAAGAUGAAAAUGGUGAAAAAAAAAUUGUAAAGAGGAAAAUUAAAAGAUUGAGUUACAUAGAAAGAGAAGAGGAAUAUGAAUCAGAAGAAGAGAAUGAAAGUGGGGAGUUGGUUUUGGUAAAGAAAACAAAAAUAGUAAAAAUACCAUUGAGAAAGUCUACACGAAAAGCGACCUUAUAUGAGGAUGUGAUUGAAAACUAUGACGAGGAAAUUGUAAACGAGGCAGGAGAGAAAGUUGUUGUUAGACAAAAAAGAUUGGUCUCUGUGCUCAGAGCAGAUUCAGUGAAAGUCAAUGAAUUAGACGAGCCAGAUGAAAAGGAAGUGGAUGAAAAAGAAGUCGAGGAAGUUGGAGACGAGGAAGUAGAGGAGGAGGAAGAGAUUGAAGAGGAAGAAGAAGUAGAAGAUGAAGAAACGUUGGAAGAAGCUGGAAAAGAAGAAGAUGUAGAUGAACAACAAACUGAGAAACCAAGAAGGAGAAGAAAAAUUAAAAUAGAAAAAGUAAAAGAAGGAGAAGAUGAAGACUCGACUGAUGGUAAUGAGAUAAAGAAACUGCGAAGAAGAAAGAAGAAGAUUAUAGAAAAAAGGGAGUCAACAACAACUACUCGGAGUACAGCAGCUUCAGAAGAGAACAAAAUAGAAGAUGAAGAUAAAGAAGAUGAAGAAAAAGAAGAUGAAGACCAGGGAGAUGAAGAAGAAACCAUAACUGUUACAUCCGAAGAAAUCAAACAAGCAGAGGAAAAUGCUUUAAAGGCACAACAGUUCGAGAGCUUGAUGAAGUUAAGAACUGAACAUCAAACUUUGAGAAAGAGAACUCUCUUCUUGACAUCCAAGCUAAUCCAGUACUUCAGAAAACAGAAGAUGGACCACUUGUUUACGGAUGUAAGGGAUGAUAUGGAGGCAGAACAACGGUUUCUGCGGAAACUUGCGGAAUUCCACGAAUGCAAUCAACGCAUGUCAGAAGAAAAGACCAGAAUCAAUUCAGAAUGGGAGACACAGAGAACGGUGAAUGAAGAGUUGAAUGCGGAAAUGAAACAGUCUCUUGAAGAACUGAUGACUAUGAAGAGAGAAGUUGCGGCAAAACUAAUAGAUCCACGAACAGGCCGGACGGUUCAACAUGACAAGGCUUUGGAAGACCUUCUUAACCGUCAAGAGCAACAGAUGAAACAGCUAAGUGAAUGUCGGUUGGUCAAAAUAAAACUGGGACGAAGAAUAGAGAUGAAGCGAGCAGAAGGACAGAUGGAUGACUCGGGAGGUGACUUUAAACUGAUGGAUUAUGAAAAACUCGCCAGCCUCAAAGAAUAUUACACGGACAAAAUAACUGAGAGAGACAUUGAGAUUGGAGAGGUAAAACUCAAAAUAGACAUGAUGGAAGACAAUCUAAACGUGAUUAAAGACCAGUUGAAACGGAGAGAAGACGAGAUGGAGAAGGAACGGAUGAAGUUACAGCUGAUCACUUCAGAUUUAAAUUCGAGGAGGGAGAAUCUGAAUAAAAUCAAAACUACGAAACACAAGACGGAGAGGAGUACAGUGAAGAUCAAACAACAGUCAGGGCUGUUGGCGUAUCCGACAUUGCUCAAAGACUACGAAGAGAAAUCUCAACAUUUAGCUGAUCUGAAGACACAAACAGACCGACUGAAGCAGCAGUAUCGGCAAGGACUGGAACGGAUACGUAAAUUAAAGGAAAUGGUGAAGAAGAAGACGGAAGCCAAGUAUUCUGUAGCAUCUUCUGUAAGUUCAGUGUGACAUGAACGUUAUUGGAAGUAUUUCUCGGACAUUAAAUA